GCCAUUUCACAGAAAAAUGUCAGAAGUGAACAUCGGAAGACGCAAGGAGAAGUGUGAGAACUGCACUAAACAGGUAAGCCCAUGGAAUGUUUGUGGUUUCACUGUGCAGUGUGGAAGUGUCUUUCUGCAACUGAAAUUGUCUAUCCAGUUGAAUUUGUCCCAGUUGUUUGAGUGCAUUACUUUUAGCAUAUUAUAGUAAAAAAAAAUAUAUUGUGUCCAAUUCUAACCUUGAAUAAUUUAUUGAUUUGUUGGUUGAUUGGUCAUUUCCAGUGCAACAAGAAGCAGAGUGAUGAAGGCAUUAGCUCCCUUCCAGAGAAAGAUGUAGCCAACAGAGAAGUCCCUGCCUCCUCCCAUCUACUCAAGCAGCAGGUGUUGCUGAGUGCCUGUCUGUCCUGUGAGGGCUGUGUGUCCGAGGAGGAGAGCCUAAAGAUCUCCCAACAGAACCUGGAGGAGAUGGCCCGCGUCCUGGGCCUCAACAAGGUACUACUGGACCACUGACCAGGCUACCUGGGUCGUAUUCAAUAGGCACCAAAUGGAAGAAAACAACUGAAACAGGGAGGGACUACCUGAAUUUACCCAAUAAGAACUGCUUUUUUUCCUUUUUCGUUGCAAAGGGUUUUGCUGAGGUGGUCAGAAUGCAAACCUGGACACCUCACAUGAUUAUCCUCCCUAAGCACUUGUGGACAUCUGCGAGGCUUUGUGAUGUCAAUGCUUCAAUAAUAGCUAAAGAGACAAGGUUGUAUAUUGUCUGAGAGGAAAGAGGAACAAUUGGGUUAUCUUUGCUGUACUUAGUUUCCAGAUCACCUCAUGUCAGAUUUGUUUUAAUGUGUGUUGUUAUUGCUCUUUUCUCUUUUCCUGGCAUGCAGACUGAUUGUUUGGUUUCAGUUUGUUUCUCUUCACUGAAAUGUGUGGGGCAUUCAGUGUUGACGCCAGGUAAAUGGUCUCUUUCUUCUCGGCCAAAGUUUGACAUGUCCCUCUCUCCCUCUUUUUAUAAUUGCAGAAGUGUGAUGUGUCCAAACACAAGGUCCUGGUGGUGUCGGUGUGUCCCCAGUCUCUGCCUUUCUUCGCUGUCAAGUUUGGUCUGGACAUUCCUGAGGCCACACGCAAACUUUGUGGCUUCCUCAAGAGCCUGGGUAAGUGAGCGUGUACAGUACCUAUGUCUCUGUGUUGAUUUGAACUGGGAAUUCCAGACAAGCCCUGUAGUUUCUUCAAAUGUCUUUGUGUGUGUGGUGAGAGAGAGAGUGUGAUGUAUGAGUGAUUAGUAGAACACAGCGUGUGUAUGUGAAAUAUAAGUGCGGUACAUUCAUUGGCAUCUACCAUACCAAAAUAAUCAUUCUCUUCCUUUCGCUCUCACCCCCCUACCGCACCAUCCCUUUCUGUCUGUAGGAGUGCAGUAUGUGUUUGAUACUACUCUAGCUGCAGGGUUCAGUAUUCUGGAGAGCCAGAGAGACUUUGUCCAGAGGUACAGCAGGAGGCACCAUGAUAGCCACGCCCUACCCAUGUUCACCUCCUCCUGUCCAGGUAAUAUUUACUCACUCUCCUCCUUCCUCCUCUUGUUCCUCCUCCUCCGCCUCCCCCCCCCCCCCCCCCCCCGACCCUCUACACACACGCACACACACACACACACACACACACACACACACACACACACACACACACACACACACACACACACACACACACACACACACACACACACCUGAGUAUAAAAUGUUAAGCAGCUUUGUUGUGUUUCAGUUUAACAUUUGUGUGUGCUGUUUGAGGGAAGUGUAGUGGUAUUAAGCUAAGGUUAUUAAGGGUUGGACCUAGCUCCCAGUUGAAAGUAGAGAUAGCAGAGCCGGGCUGGGAGGGAGAGAUACAGACACAGCCUCACACCACUCCCUUCCCUGGAGAUAGGCCCUUCAGGAGAGGAGUCGCUCUCCCUCUCUUGCUCUCUCAUUCGCUCUCUCUUGCACUCGUUCUCCUUAUGUUCUCUUUUUUUUCUGUUUCAGUCUUGCUCGCUCUACAUCUUUCUCUGACCCCAACCCUUUAGAUAAUAAAACCAUAAGCUUAGGACUCAAGUGAAUUUCAUUAUUCUAUUUCUGUUCAGGGUGGAUCCGGUACGCUGAGCGUGUUCUGGGCAGUCUGGUCACUCCUCACAUCUGUACGGCCAGGUCUCCUCAACAGAUCAUGGGCUGUCUGGUCAAAGACUAUUUCACCAAACAACAGGUCAGCACUAUUCGUGUGUUAUAACAACCUAUCCCAUACAAUUAAAUGAAACUCAUGAGAACAUGUGAAUAGUGAUUGAUGCCACACUAUUCAUGUGUUAUAACCGUGUUACUCAUCUCACACAACAGGUGAAUAGUGUUUUAUAUGUGUCUGCUUUGUGUUUGUAGAAGCUGAGCCCAGACAAGCUUUACCAUAUCGUGGUGGCUCCAUGCUUCGAUAAGAAACUGGAGGCGGUGCGAGGGGAGUUCUACAACAGUCUCCUGGAGAGCAGAGACGUGGACUGUGUCCUCACAUCAGGUACUAUGCUCUCAUUACCUCUACAGUGCAUUCGGAAAGUAUUCACACCCCUUGACUUUUUCCACAUUUUGUUACGUUACAGACUUAUUCUAAAACUGAAUAAAUAAACACACAAUGCCCCAUAAUGACAAAGCAAAAACAGGUUUUUUAAAAUGUUUGCAAAUGUAUUAAAAAUAUAUAUAUUUACGUAAGUAUUCAGACCCUUUGCUAUGAGACUUGAAAUUGAGCUGAGGUACAUCCUCUUUCCAUUGAUCAUCCUUGAGAUGUUCCUACAACUUGAUUGGAGUCCACCUGUGGUAAAUUCAAUUGAUUGACAUGAUUUGGAAAGGCACACACCUGUCGAUAUAAGGUCCCACAGUUGACAGUGCAUGUCAGAGCAAAAACCAAGCCAUGACGUCGAAGGAAUUGUCCUAAGAGGACCCCAAGAACACAGUGGCCUCCAUCAUUCUUAAAUGGAAGAAGUUUGGAACCACCAAGACUCUACCUAGAACUGGCACGCCCAGCCAAACUGAGCAAUCGGGGGAGAAGGGCCUUGGUCAGGGAGGUGACCAAAAACCCAAUGGUCACUCUGACAGAGCUCCAGAGUUCCUCUGUGGAGUUGGGAGAACCUUCCAGAAGGACAACCAUCUCUGCAGCACUCCACCAAUCAGGCCUUUAUGGUAGAGUGGCCAGUUCGGAAGCCACUCCUCAGUAAAAGGCACGAUAGCCCGCUUAGAGUUUGCCAAAAGGCACCUAAAGGACUCGCAGACCAUGAGAACCAAGAUUGAACUCUUUGGCCUGAAUACCAAGCGUCACGUCUGGAGGAAACCUGGCACCAUCCCUACAGUGAAGCAUGGUGGUGGCAGCAUCAUGCUGUGGGGAUGUUGUUCAGCGGCAGGGACUGGGAGACUAGUCCGGAUCGAAGGAAAGAUGAACAAAGCAAAGUACAGAGAGAUCCUUGAUGAAAACCUGCUCCAGAGCGGACCUCAGACUGGGGCGAACAUUCAUCUUCCAACAGGACAACAACCCUAAGCACACAGCCAAGACAACCCAGGAGUGGCUUCCGGACAAGUCUCUGAAUGUCCUUGAGUGGCCCAGCCAGAGCCCGGACUUUAACCCGAUCGAACAUCUCUGGAGAUACCUGAAAAUAGCUGUGCAGCGACGCUCCCCAUCCAACCUGACAGAGCUUGAGAGGAUCGGCAGAGAAGAAUGGGAGAAACUCCCCAAAUACAGGUGUGCCAAGCUUGUAGCGUCAUACCCAAGAAGACUCAAGGCUGUAAUCGCUGCCAAAGGUGCUUCAACAAAGUACUGAGUAAAGGGUCUGAAAACCUAUGUAAAUGUGAUAUUUCAGUUGUUUCUUUGGUAUUUUUAGCAAAACAAUCUAAAAACCUGUUUUUGCUUUGUCAUUAUGGUGUAUUGUGUGUUUAUUUAAUCAAUUUUAGAAUAAGACUGUAACGUAACAAAAUGUGGAAAAAGUCAAGGGGUCUGAAUACUUUCUGAAUGCACACUACCUUGAUUACAUAAGUAUUCAAUACAUGUUAGUCACCUUUGGCAGCGAUUACAGCUGUGAGUCUUUCUGGGUAAGUCUCUUAAGAGUUUUGCACACCUGGAUUGUACAAUAUUGGCACAUUAUUCUUAAAAAAUUCUUCAAGAUCUGUCAAGUUGGUUGUUGAUCAUUGCUAGACAGCCAUUUUCAAGUCUUGCCAUAGAUUUGUAGGCUAAUUUACGUCAAAACUGUAAGCAACUCCAGUGUAUUAAAAAAAUAAUGUAUGCACUCACUAACUGUAAGUCGCUCUGGAUAAGAGCGUCUGCUAAAUGACUAAAAUGUAAAUGAAUAUUUUGGCCUUGUGUUUUAGGUUAUUGUGAAGGUAAAUUUGUCUCCCAGUGUCUGUUGGAAAGCAGACUGAACCAGGUUUUUGCCUGUGCUUAGCUCCAUUCCGUUUAUUUUAUCCUAAAAAACUCCCUAGUCCUUGCCGAUGACAAGCAGCCACCACCAUGCUGGAAAAUAUGAAGAGUGCUACUUGGUGAUGUGUUGUGUUGGAUUUGCCGCAAACAUGACGCUUUGUAUUCUGGACAUAAAGUUUAAUUUCUUUGCCACAUUCUUUGCAGUUUUACUUCAGUCCCUUAUUGCAAACAGGAUGCAUGUUUUGGAAUAUUUUUAUUCUGUACAGGCUUUCUUCUUUUCAUCCUCAGUUUUCUCCCAUCACGGCCAUUAAACUCUAUGACUGUCCCUGAGCAGUUUCCUUGCUCUCCGGCAACCGAGUUAGGAAGGACGCCUGUAUCUUUGUAGUGACUGUGUGUAUUAAUACACCAUCCAAAGUGUAAUUAAUAACUUCAACAUGCUCAAAGGAAUAUUCAAUGUCUGCUUUUUUUACCCAUCUACCAAUAGGUGCCCUUCUUUGUGAGGCAUUGGAAAACAUCCCUGUUCUUUGUGGUUGAAUAUGUUUGAAAUUCAAUUCUCGACUGAGUGAGGUAGUCAUUCAAAAAUUAUGUUCAACACUAUUAUUGCACACAGUCCAUGCAACUUAUUAUGUGACUUGUUAAGCACAUUUUUACCCCUGCACUUAUUUAGGCUUACCAUAACAAAGGGCUGUCACGCCCUGGCUCUGGGGACUCUUUAAUGUUGAGCCAGGGUGUUAGUUUCUAUGUUUUGUGUUUCUAUGUUGGCCGGGGUGCUUCUCAAUCAGAGGCAACGUGAAUCAGCUGUUGCUUGUUGUCUCUGAUUGGGAACCAUACUUAGGUAGUCGUUUGGCAUUUGUGUGGUGUGGUAUCUUGUUCCGUGUUGGUUUGUUUGUUAAACCGAGGACUUCACGUUUCGUUUUGUCGUUUUUGUUCGUUGUGUAAGUACUCUAAUAAAAGAUGUACGCAUUCCACGCUGCGCCUUGGCCCGUUUCUUCAAAUGAUGAGCGUGACAGAAGAUACCACCUCGACUGGGUCAAGCAGCGUGAAGAGGAGAGAGGUUGGACUUGGGAGCAGAGGAGGGAGAGUCUGGCGAGAGCCAUGGAGGCCAUAUCCACGGGGGAGAGACAAGCCCAAUACAUUUUUAGGGGGGGGCUCACACCGUGGACGACGGGGCUGCUGGAGGCAGAUAAGGGGCGAGUUUGUGGACAAGGAGAGAAGGCCACCGGGUUACGGGAGCCAUUGGUGAUUAGAGGGAAGGAAAGUGUAGAGGCACGGCGAGAGGUACUGAAGUGUGUUGCCAGUCCGGUCCGGCCCGUUCCUGAUCCCCGUAUAAGGCCAGUGGUGUGUGUUCCCAGUGCGGUCCGGCCUGUUCCUGUCCCUCGCACCAAGCCUGUGAUGCACGUCGCCAGCCCGGCCCGGCCUGUUCCUGCCCCUCGCACCAAGCCAAUGGUGCGCGUCGCCAGUCCGGUCCGGCCUGUUCCUGCUCCCCGCACCAAGUCAAUGGUGCGCGUCGCAAGCCCGGCCCGGCCUGUUCCUGCUCCCCGCACCAAGCCUGUGGUGCGCGUCGUCAGCCCGGUCCGGCCUGUUCGCUUCGUCAGCCCGGUUCGGCCCGUCCCUGCUCCCCGCACCAAGCCAAUGGUGCGCGUCGUCAGCCCGGUCCGGCCCGUCCCUGCUUCCCGCACCAAGCCUGUGGUGCGCGUCGUCAGUCCGGCACAGCCCGUGCCCGUUUCACAGGUGCCUGGUCAGGUACCGGUCAGCUGCUCCACACCGGAGCCUAAGCAAUCCGUUCCACCGAUGUCCAGUCCAGCUCCAGCCAGCGGGACCAGACCAGGGGCACUACGGGGGGGUUGUUAGAGGGUGGGGGUCACGCCCGGAGCCGGAUCCGCCGCUGAGGUGGAAUGCCCACCCGGUCCCUCCCCUGUGGUGUUUGGUUGGCGCGGUCGCAGUCCGCGCCUUUGGGGGGGGGGGGUACUGUCACGCCCUGGCUCUGGGGACUCUUUAAUGUUGAGCCAGGGUGUUCGUUUCUAUGUUUUGUGUUUCUAUGUUGGCCGGGGUGGUUCUCAAUCAGAGGCAACGUGAAUCAGCUGUUGCUUGUUGUCUCUGAUUGGGAACCAUACUUAGGUAGUCGUUUGGCAUUUGUGUGGUGUGGUAUCUUGUUCCGUGUUGGUUUGUUUGUUAAACCGAGGACUUCACGUUUCGUUUUGUCGUUUUUGUUCGUUGUGUAAGUACUCUAAUAAAAGAUGUACGCAUUCCACGCUGCGCCUUGGCCCGUUUCUUCAAAUGACGAUCGUGACAAGGGCUUGAAUAGUUAUUGACUCAAGACAUUUCAGCUUUUCAUGUGUAAUUAAUUUCCAAAGAAUUCAAAAACGUAAUUCCAAUUUGACAUUAUGGGGUAUUGUGUGUAGGCCAGUGACACAAAAUCUAAAUUUCAUCAAUUUUAAAUUCAGGCUGUAACACAACAGAAUGUGGAAAAAGUCAAGGGUUGUGAAUACUUUCUGAAGUCACUGUAUAUCUAUCCUCUCUACCUCUUUCUUUCUCUCUCUCUCUCUUUUCAUCAACCACUUUCUUCCUGUCAUCAUUUACAGCCUCUACCUCUCACAGGAUGUAACUCGAUGCAUCAUGCCAGCUAUACUUUCAGUUCCCUGUCUCCAAGACCUAGACCCACUUCAUUUCCCCCCUCUCUAAACCCAGAAAUGGAGGAACAUCAGACAGUGAGGCAUAUCAUUCAUGUUUAUACUGUAAACCUGUAGGUUUAGGCUUUAUAAGUUGUCCGUUGUUUAAUGUAAGACUGUGAAUCUGUGUGUGUUCCAGGGGAGGUGUUCCACAUGAUGGAGCAGAUGAAGGUGUCAUUAGCAGAUCUGGACCCCGUCCCUCUAGACCACGUGUGAGUGUUUCACUUUUCACUGGCCUCUCAUCAGGAAGUUUGUGUCAGUGCUCAAUGUGGGGCUCAUUGCUCAGUGAAGCGGUGAUCUGUGUGUGCGUGUGUAUGUGUAGGUGUGUGUACAUGUGUGUACGCCCCUAGGCUUUGGAAUGGUCUGCCAGAGGAGAUCAGGCUUGCAGAUUCAGUGCCUCUGUUCAAAUCCCUGCUGAAGACACACUUUUAUAAAGAUGCUUUUAAUGUAGGAUUUCAAUGUAGGAUUUUAAUUAGUUAUCUUUUUUCAUUAUCCUUCCUCCUAAUCAAAUCAAAUGAAGCUUUAUUUAUACAGCACAUUUCAGACAUGAAAUGCAACACAAUGUGGUUUACAGGAAUCAACAAAUAAAAACACUGAAAAGAAAAGCUGAAAUAUUUACUACACAACAAACAUAAGAUAAAAAACAAAAUAAUGACAAACUGAACAACUAAAAAGCACCCUGAGGAAAAGCAAAGCUAAAAAGAUGUGUUUUAAGAUCUCUUUUAAAAAUGUCCACAGUUUCAGCCCCCCUCAGGUUCUCUGGCAUGGUAUUCCAGAGGCUGACUCUCCAUGCCUCUUGGUCCUAGGCUUUGGGGAUAAUUAAAAGGCCAGUGCCAGAGGACCUGAGGGACCUACUGGGUACAUAACAUAAAUGUCUGACAUGUAUUGGGGUGCACAAUCGUGGAUUGAUUUAAAAAACAAUAGAAUAAUCUUAAAAUGAAUUCUAAAACUCACAGGCAGCCAGUGCAGAGACCUUAAAACCGGUGUAAUGUGUGCUCACCGUCUGGUCUUGGUCAGUACCCAUGCUGCAGCAUUCUGUGUGUUUUGCAGUUGACCAAUGGCUUUCUUGGGUAGACCAGACAGGAGAGCAUUGCAGUAGUCAAGCCUGCUUGUAAUAAAAGCAUGGAUGAGUCUCUCUGUAUCAGCCUGAGAGAGAAACGGCCGCACCAUGGCAAUGUUCCUCAGGUGGUAAAAAGCUAUUUUGGUCACAUUCCUAAUGUUUGAUUCAAAAUGUAGUUCAGAAUCUAAAAUAACACCUAGGUUUUUUACCUGGUGUUUUAUCUUUAUUGCCCAUGAAUAACAUAUAUAAACUGAACAGUACCGGAACCAAAAUCUAACCUUGUGGAACGCCACGUGAUAAGUAUUUUCUCUGAGUUAUGUUGGGUGACAAAAAACUCUUGACCGGUUAAAUAGGUCCUAAACCAAUUUAGAACUGGACCAGAGAGGCCAACCCACCUCUCCAGUCUGUCCAGAAGGACAUAAUGGUUAACAGUGUCGAAUGCAGCACUUAAAUCUAAGAGAAAUUUGAAAAAUACAGUUGGUACUUAAAAAAUCUGUCUGGACACCCAGUUUCUCCAGAAUUUUGCUUAAGAAUGAAAGGUUGGAGAUUGGCCGAAAAUUGCUAAGAACUGAAUAAUCUACACUGCACAAAAAAAUUAAGGGAUCACUUAAACAACACAAUGUAACUCCAAGUCAAUCACACUUCUGUGAAAUCAAACUGUCCACUUAGGAAGCAACACUGAUUGACAAUAAAUGUCACAUGCUGUUGUGCAAAUGGAAUAGACAACAGGUGGAAAUUAUAGGCAAUUAGCAAGACACCCCCAAUAAAGGACUGGUUUUGCAGGUGGUGACCACAGACCACUUCUCAGUUCCUAUGCUUCCUGGCUGAUGUUUUGGUCACUUUUGAAUGCUGGCGGUGCUUUCACUCUAGUGGUAGCAUGAGACGGAGUCUACAACCCACACAAGUGGCUCAGGUAGUGCAGCUCAUCCAGGAUGGCACAUCAAUGCGAGCUGUGGCAAGAAGGUUUGCUGUGUCUGUCAGCGUAGUGUCCAGAGCAUGGAGGCACUACCAGGAGACAGGCCAGUACAUCAGGAGACGUGGAGGAGGGCAAAAACCCAGCAGCAGGACUGCUACCUCUGCCUUUGUGCAAGGAGGAGCAGGAGGAACACUGCCAGAGCCCUGCAAAAUGACCUCCAGCAGGCCACAAAUGUGCACGUGUCUGCUCAAACGGUCAGAAACAGACUCCAUGAGGGUGGUAUGAGGGCCCGACGUCCACAGGUGGGGGUUGUGCUUACAGCCCAACACCGUGCAGGACGUUUGGCAUUUGCCAGAGAACACCAAGAUUGGCAAAUUCGCCACUGGCGCCCUGUGCUCUUCACAGAUGAAAGCAGGUUCACACUGAGCACAUGUGACAGACGUGACAGAGUCUAGAGACGCCGUGGAGAACGUUCUGCUGCCUGCAACAUCCUCCAGCAUGACCGGUUUGGCGGUGGGUCAGUCAUGGUGUGGGGUGGCAUUUCUUUGGGGGGCCGCACAUCCCUCCAUGUGCUCGCCAGAGGUAGCCUGACUGCCAUUAGGUACCGAGAUGAGAUCCUCAGACCCCUUGUGAGACCAUAUGCUGGUGCGGUUGGCCCUGGGUUCCUCCUAAUGCAAGACAAUGCUAGACCUCAUGUGGCUGGAUUGUGUCAGCAGUUCCUGCAAGAGGAAGGCAUUGAUGCUAUGGACUGGCCCGCCCGUUCCCCAGACCUGAAUCCAUUUGAGCACAUCUGGGACAUCAUGUCUCGCUCCAUCCACCAAUGCCACGUUGCACCACAGACUGUCCAGGAGUUGGCGGAUGCUUUAGUCCAGGUCUGGGAGGAGAUCCCUCAGGAGACCAUCCGCCACCUCAUCAGGAGCAUGCCCAGGCGUUGUAGGGAGGUCAUACAGGCACGUGGAGGCCACACACACUACUGUGCCUCAUUUUGACUUGUUUUAAGGACAUUACAUCAAAGUUGGAUCAGCCUGUAGUGUGGUUUUCCACUUUAAUUUUGAGGGUGACUCCAAAUCCAGACCUCCAUGGGUUGAUAAAUUUGAUUUCCAUUGAUAAUUUUUGUGUGAUUUUGUUGUCAGCACAUUCAACUAUGUAAAGAAAAAAGUAUUUAAUAAGAUUAUUUCAUUCAUUCAGAUCUAGGAUGUGUUAUUUUAGUGUUCCCUUUAUUUUUUUGAGCAGUGUAGAUUUUGUUUCUUUGUUAGUACUUCUAUUUUAUUAUUUUAUGAUGUGAAGUACUUUUUUACUUGUAUUGAAAAGUGCUAUACAAAUAGUUAUUAUUAUUAUUAUUAUUAUUAUUAUUAUGCGUGUGUACGUGUGUCUGUGAGUGUAUUUCUGUGUGUUAGGUUCAGUGACUCAGAGUGUGUAACGUUCUCCUCCAUCUCCAUGUUAGCCUGGGUGAGGCGGGGGACCCAGCCUUGGUGAGACACCAGGGCAGAGGAUCGGAGGGCUUCCUGGAACACAUCUUCAAAUACGCUGCAUCUGAACUGUUUGGUCUGGAUGUAGAGGAGAUCACAUACAAGACUCUCAGGUAAGGUGGGAGGAGGGGAGAGAGGGAUGACCGGGAGAGAGAGAAAGAUUGAAGACCUUGAACUGAGAAAGAUGGCAAGGGAGGGAUGAGAGCAGAGAGGGGUAGAAAAGGGGGUAGAGGAAGCAGGCUGUAAAAGAGGGAGUGAAUUUAAAUAUCCCAUCUCCCUCUCAUUCUGUCUCCCCCUCCCUUCCUUCCUCUAGGAACCGUGACUUCCAGGAGGUGUGUCUGGAGCGGGAAGGGGAGGUGCUGCUGCAGUUUGCAUCCGUCUAUGGCUUCAGGAACAUCCAGACCCUGGUCCACCGCAUGAGGAAAGGACACGUCCCCUACCAAUUGGUGGAAGUGCUCUCCUGCCCAGGAGGUAACCCAUUGGCCCAGCCACCUCAGUCACAUCUACUUCCUAGUUCUGGUUUGGUUUUGGGUAAAUGUGACGAGGCAAUUGUGAAAACCUGUUUGUGUUAGAAAUUCUUGCGCAAACCAUUUUUUUUACAAUUGAGUAACCCCAGAUUAGGCUGCCAGUGAACUUAAAUCCACAGGUGCGAGUCUAAAAAAUGUAACUGAGGAAGCUGAAUUCAUGUAGAAACUACAGUAGAAAUGUAGUGUGAUCUUUAUUGUCCCAAUGAAUGUUGACCCUUCAUUCUCCCAUCUUCUCUCUCUCGCCACUCUUCUAUUCUCUCCCCCAUCUCCCCUCUCUCUCCCCAGGUUGUAUGAGUGGUCGUGGGCAGGCGCAGGGAGAGACAGGAGGUCGGGUGGACAAGGCCUUGGUUCAGCAGAUGGAGGAGGCCUACAGCAGUCUACCAGUCAGGCUGCCUGACACCAACCCUGUCCUACACAUACUCUACCAGGACUGGCUGGAGGGACAGGACUCAACGCACACAAACACACUCCUACACACACAGUACACACAGCAGAGCCCCAGCCAGACAUGGACACACACACAGCCCCCGCACAUACAGUGGUGAGACACACACACACCUCUCGUACACACCCACACACACAGAAAACUCAAACACACCUCAACAUCCAAAAGCCCAAUAUGAGGGGUAUCAGGACCUUGGGGCAUCACUGACCCUUUCUCUUCUAAGGACCACUGCAAUGGUUCCCAUAUGUACCAUUGUAUAGGCGGGGAGGGCCAGAGGACCUGGAUGUUGCUUUUGUGGUCCUUUGCACCCUGCCUAAAGAAUAA